GGUGAUUCGACACACAGAUGGAGCCAUCAGCGCCAAGACAGGGCGUGCGCACAGACCACGAUUCGCCUUUGGACGAUGCAAUUCGACGGGACGCUCGCAGACCGCGUGUCGUUUUUCAGCUCGUCACUUUACCUCGAUGCCUUUAGCCCCGUUCCGACCAACGACCUCGUCGAGCCGCUCGGCAAGCACCUUCGGCGGCUGUGGCCGCUUCUCGCCCAGUACGUUGCCAUUGGCCUUCUUCACGGCGCGAUCGUAUCGCUCGGGUAUCCCUUCUUUGUCGCGUACUUUCGAUUACCAGGCCAGCACCUCCAUGCGAUCGCUGCGCUGCUGACCGCUGCAUGGGCAGGAAAGCCAGUCUUCCAUCUUCUCGCCAUAUACUGUCCCAUUGCCGGCCAGAACCAUAAGCCGUACAUGCUUCUUGGCUGGGUGUGCUGUGCUCUCAGCCUUGGUGCCUUGGCACUGCGCGACCACGGGCAGCCCUUCGACGUCUAUGGGUCGCGCCCGCUUGUGCCGCGACGACACUUUAUGAACCCGGCUGCGAUUGCACGCGGCUCGACGUUGGCAUUACAGCUGCUCAUUCCGAGUCUCGGCGCGGCCAUGGUGCACACCAACGCAGACGCACUCGUCGCUCGAUACAGCGCCACCUGCAACAUCCACCAGCGUCACCUCGACGCCUGCGUCUUUGGCUCACGGGCGCUGGCCAGCGCGACGGCAAGUAUCCUCGUUGGGUGCGGCUUCAACUCGCCGGCGUUUGGAGGCGCCUCGUCGCAGCACGCGCCGAUCGCACUGCUCUUUGGUCUCCUCACAGCGGUGAGCGCCAGUCUUCUCGUGCUCUCGGGGUGCUGCAUUAAUGACGCGGACGCGUCACGACGGUGCCUCAAAUCCGACAUGCGUGGUCUUUUGCGCCUCGUGCGCGCUUCGCCAGUUCGCCACCACAUUGUAGCAAGCGGCGUCCUGCAUUUUUUUGGCGCGACGACAAUGGCGUCGACAGCGGCACCGUACGUGCGGUAUUUCUGGGGCGAGAUCGAAACGCGGAGCUACGUGCUAUGGCACGUUGGCAGCAGCGCUGGCUUUGCACUUGUCGUCGCUGCCACGGCCAUGUACGGCAACGGCUGGAGCUUUCGCCGCACCCUUAUCCUGACGACUCUCGCAUCCACGGGCCUCGAGACGCUCGUGCACGGACUUGCCAUCGCCAACGUCGUGCGCAACGAAACGUUCUUCCUGGCCGUAACUUUUCUCGAGGUCGUGCCCGCCGGCGUCCAAAGUAUGCACCUGGCCAUUCUCGCCUUGGAGUUUACCGAGGCGCUGCGCGAGCGCACCGACGACGAAUCGGCCGUUGCGCUUUUUCGCAGCCUCUUGGCCAUGUCCAACAACGCGGCGAUGCUAUUUGCUGCGGUCGUCGCCAACGUCUACUGCGCACUAUUUCUCGUCACGCCAACACGCAUUGCUGCCGACUCGGACGCGGUGCGAAGCGACGUGGCUGCGACGUACGCCUUCUCCUACCUGAUGAACGUCGUGUCGACACUCGCGGCCGUGUAUUUGCUCCCUGUGCGCGACGAGCAAUGGAGGCUUGCUACCGGCCGUCACCUUUCGCAGACCAGCAAAUGUGUUGCUGGCCUAACCGUCGUCGGGCUUGUCGCCGUCGACAGUCUCGUCAUUUUGCUGCUUACGCUUUGGUACCCGUACACGCACUCAAUCGUCCUCGGUGGGCCGGGCUCCGUCCCGCCAGCGGUUGUCGUAGCUCCAAACCCGUUAUAGAUUGAAGUGUCUUGUCCA